GUGAAAGUAAGUCAAGAGUUCAUCUGUCGCCAUUUUAAGCUGGUAAAAUACAAAGUGUUCAAUAGAAACGUUUAUCAAAGUUUAUGCAGGAAUUUCCGUGUAUCUUUAUGAUGUUAAAGCUGGAGGAUUUGAGAACCUGUAACUUGUGAAAGUUUGAUCAAGCUUCAUCAUGGGUGAUUCACAAGGAUCCAGAGAUGGAGAUUUUUCUCCAGGAUGCAGUUCAGUCCAGCAGAAGAGCUCAAACCCAGAGUCCAGCUGUGUGUCUCUGAAGAGUAACUGCUCUAUGGAUGAGCCAAUGAAGUUUAAGAGUGGAAACACACAGCCUGAUCCCAGUUCAGUCCAGCAGAAGAGCUCAAACCCAGAGUCCAGCUGUGUGUCUCUGAACAGUAACUGCUCUAUGACUGAGCCAACAAAGUUUAAGAGUGGAAACACACAGCCUGAUCUCAGCCAUGACUCUAAACCUGAGGUCUUAAACACACUGAGAUCAAAUCUGAGAAAGACGUUUGAGUGUUUGUAUGAGGGAAUAUCAAAGCGGGGAAACCCAACACUCCUGAAUGAGAUCUACACAGAGCUCUACAUCACAGAGAGUGAAAGUGGAGAGAUCAAUAAUGAGCAUGAGGUGAGACAGAUUGAGACACAGUCCAGGAGAGCAGAAACAGAGGACACACCGAUCAAAUGCAGUCAGAUCUUUAGACCUUUACCUGGACAAGACAAACCCAUCAGAACUGUGCUGACAAAGGGAGUCGCUGGCAUUGGAAAAACAGUCUCUGUGCAGAAGUUCAUACUGGACUGGGCUGAAGGGAAAGAGAAUCAGGACGUCCAGCUCAUAUUUCCACUUCCUUUCAGAGAGCUCAACUUGAUGAAGGACAAAACACUCAGUCUUUCAGAUCUUCUUCAUGACUUUUUCCGUGAAACAAAAGAAAUGGAAAUAUCCAGUGACAAGUAUAAAGUAUUGUUCAUCUUCGAUGGUCUGGAUGAGUGUCGUCUUCCCUUACAUUUUAAAAGGAAUAAGACUUUACGAGAUAAAAACCAAAAGAGUUCAGUGGACUCGCUGCUGACGAACCUCAUUGUGGGGAAUCUGCUUCCCUCUGCUCUCAUCUGGAUCACCUCCAGACCAGCAGCAGCUGAUCUCGUCCCCUCUGAGUGUGUCCAUCGAGUGACAGAGGUACGAGGCUUCAGUGACCCACAGAAGCAGGAAUACUUCAGGAAGAGAAUCAGGGAUCAGAUUCUGGCCGACAGGAUCAUCUCACACCUGAAGUCAUCAAGGAGCCUCUUUAUUAUGUGUCACAUCCCAGUGUUCUGCUGGAUCUCAGCCGCUGUUCUGGAGAAGAUGUUGAGUGAAGCAGAGAGUGGAGAGAUUCCCAAGACUCUGACUCAAAUGUACACACACUUCCUGAUCCUUCAGACCAACAUCAAACAUGAGAAGGACUAUGAGAAGAAAGUGAAAGAUGAAGACAUGAUUGUCAAACUGGGGAAACUGGCAUUUCAGCAGCUUGUGAAAGGCCACCUGAUCUUCUAUGAGGAAGACCUGAGCGAGUGUGGCAUUGAUGUGACAGAAGCAUCAGUGUACUCAGGAUUGUGCACUCAGAUCUUCAGAGAGGAGUCAGGCUUGUAUCAGGGGAAAGUCUUCUGCUUUGUUCAUCUGAGCAUUCAGGAACAUCUAGCAGCUCUAUAUGUGCAUCUCUCCUUUAUAAACAAGAACAUCAAUGUGUUUGACCAGAUUACCAAACCAACUAAAGCUUCACUAUCUGACCUCCAUCAGAGAGCUGUGGAUGAGGCUUUAGACAGUAAAAAUGGGCAUCUGGACCUUUUCCUUCGUUUCCUUCUGGGUCUGUCAGUGGAGUCUAAUCAGAGUCUCUUACAAGAACUAAAGACACAGACAGGAAACAGCUCUCACAACAAUGAGAAAACAGUUGACUAUAUCAAAGAGAAGAUCAGUGAGAAUCCCUCUCCAGAUAAAUACAUCAAUCUGUUUCACUGUCUGAAUGAACUGGGUGAUCUUUCACUAGUGAAUGAAGCUGAACCUCAUAUGAGAUCUAGAGGAGGAUUACGUGAUGUGAAACUCUCCUCAUCUCAGUGGUCAGCUUUAGUUUUUGUGUUGUUGAGCUCAGAGCGGACAAUGCAGGAGUUUCACCUGAAAAGCUUAAUUGGAUACAAAACUGAUCAUGACGCAGUAAAUACAGGAGAUGAAGUUCUUCAGAAGAUGCUGCCUGUGGUUACAGCAACUAGAACAGCUCUGUAAGUAACACUGAGAACAAUCAUCACUGUGAAAACUUUAUAACAUUUUUUACUUAAAAAUAUAAAUUAAUGGUUCAACAAAAAAUAUGAGCAUCACACUUCAGCUUUCAAACCCUCCACCUAUCUGACCUGCUAGACUUCUAUUGUAAGAGCAUUACUGUAAAUGUGUUUCUGUUCAUUUUUACAAACUGACACAUGAUCAAAAUUACUUUCUGUGUUUUAGCUAAUGUGUUUUAGCUGAGGUAAAUGUAUGUUCUCUGCUGUGAGUUGAGGCGAUCCUAAUAUUAUCCAUGUUUCUUUCAUGCGAUAACUAGUAGUAAAGAGGAAAAGAUAACCGGUUCACUCGUGCUCCGCACUGCUG